UAUAAGAAAACUUGAACUGUGCUCUCUUAUUUUUUCGAAAUGGGCUUUUUAACGUUUGCCCUGCUGGGCUUGGCAUUAGCCUUAUUCUACAACUUCUAUCAAAAUACUUUUAACUACUGGAAGAAUCGUGGAGUGCCUUCUGAACGCCCUCUUCCGAUUAUUGGGAACAUGAAAGGCGUUGGAAGUAAAUAUCACUUUCGUGAUAUUAAUGGCAGACUCUAUAAAAAAUUCAAAGGCACUGCGCCAUUCGCGGGCAUGUACUUAUUUUUCAAGAGAGUCGCUUUCAUAAUCGAUCUAGAUCUUGUCAAGCAAGUUCUUAUUAAGGACUUCAAGAACUUUCAGGAUCGUGGAGUUUUCAACAACGCUCGUGACGAGCCUCUAACGGGACAUUUGUUCAGUCUCGAGGGCGAAGAAUGGAAAGCCAUGAGACACAAGUUAACACCGGUUUUCACUUCCGGCAAGAUGAAGCAUAUGUUUGGCACUGUCGUUCAAGUCAGUGAUCAUUUGACCACCACAAUGCGUAAAUAUGCAAGUGCUGCGGCCACAGAUGGAGGGGAUGUGGAAAUCAAGGAACUGUGUGCCCGGUUCACCACAGAUGUUAUUGGUACUUGUGCAUUUGGCUUAGAAUGCAACAGUUUGGCGGAUCCCAAUGCUGAAUUCCGCUCCAAAAGUCGUAUGUUGGCAGAGAAACCGCGUAAUAACCAGCUAAUUCAAGCCUUCAUAGUUACCAAUGGAAGGCUCGCUGCAAAAUUGAGAAUGAAGGUUAUGCGAGAUGAUCUGCAUGAGUUCUUUAUAAACGCUGUUCGAUCGACAGUCGAUUAUCGACUUAAGAAUAACAUUAAACGGAAUGAUUUCCUUGAUCAGUUAAUCCAAUUGCGUGCAGAAAAUCAGGAGGAAGCUCGUCGAGGUAAUGGAAUUGAUCUAUCAAAAGGACUGACCAUUGAGCAAAUGGCAGCACAGGCUUUUGUUUUCUUUGUUGCCGGAUUCGAAACAUCUUCCAGCACCAUGGCCUUCUGUCUUUAUGAAUUGGCUCUUCAGCAAGAUGUUCAACAGCGUUUACGCGAUGAGAUUGAAAAAGUGUGCGAAGAGGUGUCCAAUGGAGAACUUACUUACGAAGCCAUCAACCAAAUGACUUAUUUGGAACAAGUACUUUUAGAAACGCUGCGAAAACAUCCAAUUGUACCUCACUUACAGCGGGUGGCAAGCGUAGACUAUAAGGUACCUGGCACUGAUAAGAUCAUCGAGAAGGGAACAAUACUCGUAAUACCUGUGCACAAUAUUCAUCACGAUCCCGAAAUUUAUCCCGAUCCCGAUCGUUUUGAUCCUUCGCGUUUCGAACCUGAAGCUAUCAAGGCGCGUCAUCCAUAUGCCUACUUGCCAUUUGGAGAUGGUCCUCGCAACUGCAUUGGUGAACGAUUUGGCAAAAUGCAGGCCAAGAUUGGUCUGAUCUCGCUAUUGCGUCACUUUAAGUUUGGCGUAUCUGAUCGCACUGAAAUACCUUUAAUCCUUGCAACCCGCAACUUCACAAUGAACACUAAAUAUGGCAUUCACCUUAAGGUGGAAAAAAUUUGAGAAAAAACAAGCAUUUCAUUUUAUUUAAUUCCUUUUGUGUUAUGCGUAUAAUAAUAUCUAUAAUUUUUUACGCAAAGUUAAAAUAUUACAAAUAAAGUAA